CAUAGCUUUCUACACGAAAAGGACCCAGGCGAAGGGCCGGGAGAAGCGAAUAACGACGAAAAUUCCACAAACUCUGACAAAUUCUUUGUGACUAAAAAAUUGCCUAAAAGAUAUAAUGCGGACGCAUCCACGCAUGUCUUCCGAACCUUGACCCACUCUCUCACGGUCGUUUCCAACAUGGCGGCUGAAGGAGAGGGUUUGGGCAGGAAACCAGACUGUAUUUUCUGCAAAAUUGCCGCAAAAGAGGACGAAACUCAAUUGAUUUACGAAGAUGAGGAAAUUGCAGUGUUUCCAGAUCGUAAACCAGCUGCAAAACACCAUUAUUUAGUGGUGCCGAAGGAACAUUACGGAAAUCCAAAGUCGCUUCGUUCUGAAACUUACAAGUUGGUGGAACGUUUGUUUGAAGUUGGAAAGAAGGUUCUUCAAGAUAAUCAAGCUGAUCUCAACGACGCGUUAUGUGGCUAUCACUGGCCUCCAUUUAAUUCUAUUCAACACCUGCAUCUUCAUGUUAUUUCGCCGCGUUCGCAGAUGGGUUUUUUUGCCCGGCAAAUGCACAAGCCCAAUAGCUUUUGGUUUGUUACCCACGAAUGGCUGUUGGAACAUUUGAAAACAAAACCUUCUAAUUCUUCAUAA